GGCCCUUAGUAAUUUAAAUGAAUUGAAGGAAGAGCCACUGAUGGUAAACAUUAACAAAAGAAAACGACGGCGAAAGAGAAAAUGUGGUGAAAUGGAUACAAAACCUUCAAAGGUUUCAUCAGUUGGUAAGAGAAUUAAUGAGAUUGACAAAGAGCUGUCAAAAUAUCGAGGAAACGGAGAGUGGAUUGCCCACAACGAUGCAAUAGAAAGGUUAUUCACUGUGUAUAAACGAGAUGAAGACAAUUCGGAUAUUAUCUCACUUCUAAAGUAUGAGAAAGCUGCAGCUUUAUGCGAGAAAAAUGAGAUUGAAACGUCUAUGAAGUUGAUUACUGAAUUAGGUAAGGAAAUAAAUGUAACUGAAAAACCCAAUUGGGAUCUUGCUAAUGAUAUUCAAAAGAUUCUUUUCUGUAAAUGUCUGUUUUUGGCUUCCAAGUUAUAUUGUAUCAAACGAACUUUUGGUAAAGCUCAGAAAUCUCUAGCUGUUGCUAGUCGCUUACUAUCUGACUACAAUAACGUUGAACUUAAAGCUCAACUCCACCUCUCGAAUGCAUAUCACCAAUUAUGUCUGAACCAAAGUCAUUGUACACUGGAGCUUGCUAAUCAUGUGAUUGGAUAUACUGAUAAAGCUGAACAGAUAUGUACCACACUUAAGGAUCAAAUUCAAGAAACAUGGGAGAAAAUAAGAAGAAAAAUACUACUUAUAAGAUCCAAGGCUGUCAUACAGUUUUAUCUUGAUAGUGGAGACAACGAGGAGUUUGCUACUGUGUUAAGUAGCUCACUGGAAGAGUUAGAAAGUCAAUUGUGGCAUGGUCUUUCUCUUAGACAAAAGGUUUGUUGCAUAAAGCAUGCUUACUUUUAAUACCAUCUACCGAUGGACCGUGCUAUAGUAUGUGUAAACGUUAAGGUUGGUCAAGAGCAAUCUAACAGAGGAUUUAAUCGUAUCUGCAAACUACAGGUGCCCACGUUUAUCUACAGUAGCCUUGCGCUCAGCUGAGGGAAUGUUCUACAUCAAAAUAUGUUUCUUGUGAGAGUACGCAAUGCCUUUGGACUGUUUAUCAUAAGCGAGAUCAGGCGUCGGUACAAUUCAAUUAAUCUGUCUUCUUUUAAAUUAUUUCGUUUAAUUAUCAGUCAUUUUUCUUAUACACGCGGGCAAUCCUCAUACGCCAUGACUUCGGGUUGCAUACAAUGACAAAUAGCAGGCUCACAAAAUGAAAUCUCUCAAAAUUGAUAACUUGAAUUUGAACAUGGAAAUAAAAUGAUAUUUAAUAAUUAUUCAUAUAGCUACUUGAAAAUGCGGUUAUGUAAAAGUUGUGUGAAAUACCCAUGAUAAAAAAUGAAUAGAUUUUGAUAUAUAUCAUAAUAUGUAUCAUAUUUAUCAUCAUAUUCGGCAUUAUAACACAAGGGAAAAUAUUAACGUCAUGUUCUACUGGUUCUUACAGGUCGGCUUCCACAUGUUGAAAAGCAAUUAUUUCCAAAUACAUGGAAACGUGGCUAAGGCUUUAGACCAUGCUCAGGUCGCCCUCCAAAUUGCACAGGAAUGUAAGUUUAAUAAGGAGGUAUUACUGAUGAAUGAACAUAUUCGCAAGCUCAAAGUUUUUCCUGAAGAUCCAGUGAAUGACAGCGAAAGCCUGGUGAAGAAAGUGCUCUCAAUACAGACCACGACGGAUGGAAACGCUGAAUCUAAUGCAGCUGAGAUGACAGAUCGUGGAAUAUUUAGCACUGACGAUUCUGAAUGGGAAAGCUUUGAAAGCUUAUUGAGGCAGGUCAGUCAGGUCCGGAUUAACCUUUCCCGGGGCAUUUUUUCAGCGUGUGGCCCCUACAACCCCCCCCCCCCCCCCCGGCUGGCCCGAAUUCAGAAUUCCCGAAUUCAGAAUUCCCGAAUUCAGAAGUACCGUGCAAUAUUUUUUGGUACUUGACAAGUUUAAUAAGCUAAAAUAUUAAGGUUUCUUUGCCUUAAUUAAGUUUAGAAAAUCCAAAAAUUGGUGGACAAGCUGAAAACGAUUAAGAUUUUUAUUCGACGCAUCACUAUAUCUUGUAAAUGCGUGCACCAACAAAUGAAUGCAAGAAACUUUGCACAAAAAUGUUUAGCUCUUUUGGCAGUUUUCGCGUUAUUCCAAAAGUUCUAACAUAAUUUUUUGUGCAUUCAUUGCAGUACAGAAAUAUACUCUCACAAAUGGUGAACAAUUUGAUUGCUAGAUUGUUGCAUUUGUUGCUAAAUUAUUCUUAUUUCGAAUUUGUCUUAUAUCACCACAACAGAUUACAGACGACGAAGAAGAAAGUGAUAUACUGUACUUUAAAUGAGAUAUAAAAUUCAACCAACCCAAAAUCAACUGCCACUGACAAGAUCCAUCCACUAGGUAAGUAUUUUUCCUGCGAAAUAUUUGAAUCUCGGUUUUAUAUAUACUAUCUGGCGUCGGUUGUACGAAAGCUGGAUAGCGCUAUUCACCGGAUAGUAUUUUUUUUCACGCUUCUGAAAUUGUCCGUUGAUUGUAUAACCCAGACGCGCAAAUACUAGUAUUUAUUAAUCUCGAACUGAUUAAUAAUUCAUGAGUAAAUUAGCCAACCAUAUUGCUUUAUUUUGCUCGCAUGAUAAAACUGGAUACCUGCAGGUGAAGUAUAUUGAUCCAGUCCUAGGACUGGAUCACAAUUAAUUCAGUCCUUGGACUGGAUUAAAAUUAAUAAUCACCUCACUUUAAUUAAGUAGUGAUUUAUUCGUGUUUGUGCGAUGUGGAAUGCAAUUCAGACUGGACUGGAUUUCUUAUCUCAUACCUAGCGUAUUAGCGGCUUUCCAAUUGGCAAAGAGGAGGUGCGUUCAAUCUAGAUCUCGAACCCACCUGCUGACGUGUGUUUAUAGGAUGUGGGUUCGAGAUCGAUGUUUCGGCGGCGGCCAUUAUGAAGCGAUUUGAACAAAUUUCAGACGAAAAUUUAAGUAAAAAAUAAAUUAACAGUUUUUAAUUGUUUUAUAAUUUUAUUUUUUUUUUGUUUGAUGAAAAUGGAAUAUUCUGAUGGCCGCCGAAAUUUGUUCGGCACGGGCAGAUUUAUAUAAAUCUUGGCAAUGUUUUCGCAGAAUAUGUGCAUUUUCUCUUUUCAAGAAUAAGGGAAUAUUGUAGAGAACUUUUUUAACUUCAAUUUAAGCCUAUAAGUUUGUUUGUUUGCGUAGUAUGUUGGCGGCUAAAAUGUUCGUUAUCCAAACAAGAAAUUAUAUACUAAAAUGGGUAAAUUCUUCUUUAAUUCGCUCUGUCAGUACUUUUUAGUACUUUACCGAAGUGGCAUGUGAUAAAAACCAAACAUACUUGCAGGUUCGGUGAGUCCGGGAUUGGACGCACCCUCGGGGGUGUUUGUUAUAAAGUCCUCGCAUUUUGUUCCCACCCCCCGCUUCGCCUCAGAUUUGAUCAAAUUGCGGGCACUUGAAAUCCAGUCCAGUCCUCAUAGUCUGAUGUGAAAUAUUACAUCUAGUUUUCUUUCUAUUAAAUUGUGAGGUUCAUAUCCACAGUUUUAAAGCGUUUCAAGUAAUUUUACCACGGUUGAAAGUAUUACUAUCUGGAGGAUAGAGCUAUCCCGCCUUCAUACAACAAGCCUCUGUUGAAUAAUUAUUAUAUGUAUAUAUGUACAUUUUAGAUAUAAUAGUAUAGUGUAAAGUCUAUAUUAUUAAACAAUAGUUAAAUUAAUAAUGUAGUAGUGACUCUUAUAUGCACUUUAAAUUUUUGUCCAUAAUCUCUAUUAAACGAAUCAUUCUAUAAGGCUCUGUUAGAGAGACGGAGUAAUUGUAAGGUAUAUUUGCAUUCUGCAUAAUUAUGUGAAAAGAAGUUGCAUUUGUGGACUUUCCCCUGAGAUAUGACACAACGGAGCAACAUUUGCUAGCGAUCACUGGCAGUGAGGGUUUGGGAUCACUUUGAGCGAAGUUCUCGUGCGUCAAGUUCUUGAGACAAGAGAUAUGAUGUAUGGUGAUUUGACUUGUUCUGAUUGGUCAAUAUUAAUUUUUUUCCCAGGGAAAUGUCGCAUGAGCUGCUUACAUCAUGGGACGAGGACACAAUUUUGUCCAUGCGAUCGCAUGAAAUCAAGUCCAUGGGAACAGCUGCAGCGACUUGUUACCUUUAACCUGAUUAGACUAUUUUUAUAUUAGAGUGAUAUUUAUGUAUAUAAUUAAAUUAUGUGACGCCCCUCAUGAAAAACAUCUUCGGAUGAUGAGGGAAGCGUGGAUAAAUAAUGUUUUAUUCUAUUCUAUUCUAUUCUAUUCUGUUCUAAAGCCCCGUUAACACUAGUGAUUUUCUCUUCCCGACGAGCGCGAUUAAGCCACAUAAAAUAAAUUCCUUGAUUCUCAUCACCGCCCGACUGUAUUUUAAGAGCCGCGUGAAAUUGUUUUAUAUUUUGUUAUACAAUAUAAAUGAACCGCCCGACAAAAUAUUUCAAGACAGUUAAGUUUUUUAUAUUUAAAAUUGGGUUUUUAGUGCCAUUUUAAACUGCCAAUUUCAAACAAAUAGAACCUUGAAAGAAAUUUCAUUGCAUUUUAACGGAACUUCGCAUUCAGUUGAAGGGUUCAGUCAUUGUUCGUGGAGAAAUAUGUUCAUUUUGGUUUGUGACACUUCACUUUGGAAAUCACAGAAAUAUUAAAUGUUAGGAAUUAUCAGUUUUUAUUUAUUGAUGAUAAAUUAUAUAAAUAUAAAAUAUAAACCUCCCGGCUCUUUCAAAGUCUAGCGAUGAGAAUCAAGGAAUUUAUUUUAUGUGGCCUUAAGUGCAUGAAUUGCCUUUAAACCUGCCGCACACGAGAGAAACUUGCUGAGCUAACCGCCUCGCGUGGCUAACUCACAUAUGUAUUUUCACCGCACACGUUUGGAAAACUCGACUAAGAGCAACAUCGUUGAUAAGAUCGUUUACAUGCAUUUCCUUCUAUUGUCGCCAUUUUGACCAAAAUCUCUUGAAGACACUAUGGGUCUCAUUGACUAGUUUAUUCAAACAGCUUAGCACUAAGCUCGCAACAUCCACAGACGUUGAGGUUUUUUCCCCGCGAAGUGAAAAAACCAAACACGAUAGAUAUUAUAUUUUCCUCAAAGCCUCGAGAGGUUAAGUCCUCACAAAAACAUGCUGAGCUGGCCGCUACGCGAGGCAGUUACCUCAGAUAUACCAAGUUUAAUUCUUUCGUGUAUACAAGUAGUAUAACGUAGCCAGCCCGAUGAUUUACCCCCGCUAUGCAAAUAUUUUCGUGUUCAUUGACUGUGAAAACAAUCAAUUUCUAAAGAAAUGAAUAAUGAUAAUAUUUUUGAAUUUGCAUAACAGGACUAAAUUGUUGGACUGGCUACGCUACGGUGUACAGCAGGCAUGAGCAUUGCCUUUCCGAAGUACACGUCGCCAUUCCAACACAUCGAUCCCCCAAGAUGAUAAAAAUCGCCGUCAAAACUGGUAAUGUGUUUGAACUAGCCUUAUUGCAACUGAUCACGAGGACAAAAUUAAAAUUGACCAAUCAGAGAAUGUCAUCAUUUCCUUAAUUGUAGGGGUAGCGACUUAACACCUGGGAAUAGAUACAAUCUGUUGACUUGUACAUGGCUAACAUUUCCUGGUUAACCUAGAAAUAACACUAUUUAGGUUAAUUUAAUAUUUCUGGAUAUAUUUCUCCCACUUCCUAUGAUCGUAAUCUGAUUAAUUUAACCAUAGGAUUUCUGGUCAAAUUAGCUACAGUAAAGUAGAAAAAGUAACAAGGCAAUUUACCAUUAAUAUUAAUUAAGUUAACCCAAAUAGAGUUAUUUCUAGAUUAAUCAGGAAUAUUUUAACCAGAGUGGUUUUAGAGUGCAAUUGCUUUUCAAUACACGGUUUUGAUCGUUAGUAGUAACUACCUUUUUAUACCACUGCCCCCUGCAUGAAGAUCAAUCAGAAGCGUAGUGUGAGAGAGUUUAACUAUUCUGCGGGUUGCGGGCUGCGGGCCGAAAAUGCGGGCUGCGGGCCGAAAAAUGCGGGCUGCGGGUCGAAAAAUGCGGGCUGCGGGUCGAAAAAUGCGGGCUGCGGGCAGAAAAAUGCGGGCUGCGGGCAGAAAAAUGCGGGCUGCGGGCAGAAAAAUGCGGGCUGCGGGCAGAAAAAUGCUAACACGAUUGCGAGCCGCGGGUCUAGUUGCGGGCCUGACGAAUUUUUAAAAAAAUAUUUUCAAA